AUGGAACACACACACAUUUCAUGGAAACUUUCCCAAAGAUCCAGCUGAUGCAUUUUACAGAAUCACAAUGGUGAAUCAAGUUAAUGGCCAAGCUGCUACACCAAAGCUUCUGAAUCUCUUCCAAGCCAAGGGUGGAACCAUAGGGUUGAGGUUGCAGGCCAUCCUACUCAAGGCUCCAACCAAUCCUAACGCUAACUUGACCAGAGAUGUUGUCAUCCCCAUCGCUUGGGGGAUCUUUAGAUCAUCUUCUAAAAAAGUAUGAUAGAGUCACUUGAUAAAAAAGGAAGAGUUUACACCAGUAGCUGGGCACUCAGAGAGGAUUACACCAUGAUGAACCAUCAGCUCUUCACCGCCUUCACUUGGCUGCUUCUCUGUCAACUCAUUGCUGAUGGAUCAGCAGUUACUGUCUAUGGAUAUGCAGGAAAGAGUGUUACUCUUCCUUGCCAAUAUGAUGGCAAAUACUACGGCUCUUUGUCCAUCUGUUGGGGCAAAGGCCUCCUGCCAUCAAGAGGCUGUGGUGAUCAGAUCAUUCAAACAGAGGGCUUAACAGUGACCUCACGAUUGUCACUACGGUAUCAGCUGAUCAACAGACACAGAAAUGUGGGGGAUGUUUCUUUAACGAUCACGAAUGCAAGAGAGCAGGAUAGCGGUACCUAUGGCUGCAGGGUGGAUAUACCAGGAUGGUUCAAUGACGAGAAAACCCAUGUGGACCUCCGCAUACAAGCUGCUCCAACAACAACCACAACAACAACAACAACCACAACAACUACAACAACAACAGAAGCCCCCAAAACAACAACUUCAACAGAAUCCCCAACAACACUUGUAGAGACCACUACCUUAGAAACCAUUGUGGCAACACCUCCUACAGAAGUAUCUACUAUAGGAAUCACAACAUUCACAGAACCUGAAUUGAUCAUAUUUGAAUCUACUGCAGAACCUCCUACCACUACUACCGCACAGUCUGUCACAACAGUAGAAGCUACACCAAGACCAACCAUUGGACAACCUUCACAUGCUGAACAUUCAUCACCUUGGUCGGCAGAGGUGACUGAGAUGUCUACUGCAGAACCCUCAAACAUACUAUCAGAGCAACCAGAUUCAAUAGCAAAGGAAACCGCAGGGAGCGACAUUACCAUUUCUCUGACAACUCCUGGAGUCAAGGUGUCAGCAGCAAGCAUUCCAUAUAUAAGACAGGUGCUUGAAAGAAACCAUGUUUUAUGGUGGAUCGUGCCUAUUUUGGGAGUUGUUAUUAUAGUUUCUGCUAUAACCAUACUGGUGAUCAAAAAGAGAAAGCUGAAAGUGGGCAACUUUACCAUAUUAGAAAAAAGUGUGAAUGGAACCCUGUCAAUAAACUCUGACUCCAGCCAAGGCCAACCAAGCAGUGAGCUAUCGAUGGAGAUCAUAGAUUCCUUGCAGCAUCCCUUGUAAUGAACUAUUGUGAACAGGAGUAACAGUGAACAACACCAUCGACACAAUCAUUAUGUAGCACCCUUUUAGCUCUAAUUUCACUCAAGGAACUAAUAAUUUUUUCAGCCUGAUACACUUUUAAAGGUGGAUACUGUCUCUUUUUACUUUUUGUAUACAGUUAGAUAAAUACAUUACACUAAAGUUACUGAAUAUAUUGGUAUUGGUAUAAUGUAUAUGACUCUAUAACAUUUUUAAUGCAUCUUUAAAUCAAAAGGAUUUGUGCAUUGCACUGGUAAUGUGUUAAUUAGAUGUCUUCAUCAAAGACGAUGGCUUUUCUAGGAAUACAAAUGGCAGUUAAUGUGUUCACAUGUUAAUGUCUUGGAAAGGGAAAGGGAAGUUGGAAGUUGAGUAAUAAAAUGUACGAAUUUAUUACAUGUGAAUAUUUUAUAUUUCAUAGUAAUAUUAACACUCAACUUUUCAUCGUCAACGUUAACAGUUAUUCAGCUAAGCAUAAGAGUAUUAUUAUGCUAUUGUGUAUUAGAUUGUGUAAAGAUAUAUGAAUUCCACAACAUGCCUAUACUGAUUGCUCCACAGAUAUAUAGUGUGUGUAUGCUGUGUAAACUGGAAAUAAAAAAAAUAAACAAUU